CACACACACGCACACACACACACACACACACGCACACACACAAGCACAAACUCAAGCACAAACACCCACAAUGUUACAGCAAUACUCAUCCUCUCUCUUGAGAUCGUCCUUCAGAUCCUCCGCCCUCCUACACAACACAUCCAGAGCGUUCUCCAUAACUCCAAUACGCAAUGGAAGCCUCACCCCGCACACGUUGCCUACAGACACUCCCGUCCUGUCUGAAAGACCCUUGUCCAACGUCAUGGACUAUGCCAUCACAUCCCUCGACAAGGCAAAGGACUGGGCCAGAAAGUCCUCCUUCUGGCCAGCCACCUUCGGGUUGGCCUGCUGUGCCGUGGAGAUGAUGCACGCCUCCGCCCCAAGAUACGACCAGGAUAGAUUGGGUAUCAUUUUCAGAGCCUCCCCAAGACAGUCCGAUAUCAUCAUCGUCGCCGGUACCGUCACCAACAAAAUGGCCCCUGCCUUGAGAAUGGUGUACGACCAGAUGGCCUACCCAAGAUGGGUCAUCUCCAUGGGCUCCUGCGCCAACGGUGGUGGUUACUACCACUACUCCUACGCCGUCGUGAGAGGUGUCGACAGAAUCAUUCCUGUCGACAUCUACGUCCCUGGUUGUCCUCCUUCCUGUGAAGCCUUGCUUUACGGAAUCCUCCAAUUGCAAAAGAAGAUGAUGAGCGAUACAACCGGUAGAAUGUGGUACAGAUCGUACUGAUUUGACAUGUCCCGUUAUUUAUCAGACGAAAUAUAAAGAAAGCAAAGAAAAUAAAGGAAUCAAAAUGAAAGAGAAAAGCAAGCUUUUUCACCCAGCCAUAUUCCACCCGAUAAUUACAUUUCAUUAUCCCCCUUCCUCCCUCCGUUGUAAUUAUAACUUACUAUUAUUCAUUUCUGUGUUUUUUUCUGUUCCACUGUCCAUAUUUUCCCAUUUUUCCCUAAUGAGGACAAGCAUGCAAGACCAAUACAAACUCCGUACACAAAAAUCAAAAAAAAAACCAAGAAAAAAAUUAAAAAAAAUAUAUUCUAAAGAUACAGGAAUGCAAAUCUCGAUCCAUCAUCAUCCUUUUAUUUCUCUCUUGUUUUUCCCUCCCCCCACCUUUACCCUCCUCUCUCCAUUCUCCUAUUUAUUCAUCUACUUAUUUAUUUAUCGGUCUAAUGUUAUCUGUAUAUGACUCUUCCCCAUAUAUCUAUAAUG